GUUACUGGGCAAGAAUCGAGCACGGCAAAUGAGCCAACUAAUGCGGGAGAAAGGGAGAGAAAACGAAAAGAAAAUAUUCAAUGUGUGUAUGCGUUUGUACGGCAUAUACAAUGGCAUGCGAUGAGAAGAAGAAGAAGAGAAAAAAAAGAGAAAACCAAGUCAGAGCUAGAUGACGUGACACAUACACACAAAAACUGAAUUGAACUGAAAACUCGCACAGGCGAUUUCUUUAAAAUCAGACGAAAAAAAAACACAAAAAUUAUUUUUGGGUCUCACCAAUUUCGCGAGACACAAUAUCAAUACAAGUGAGUGUUUUGGUGCAUUUGCUGGUUGUAUGGUAUUGCGUGUUAUUCUGUUUAAUCACCUCAGUGCGUAUAUUGCGGUCGAAUCUCAUUGCGUUCUUUUCGCGUUUUUGCAUUGUUUUUUUUGUGCUGUUGCACUUUUGCCACACAUUGUUACGGUUUUUUUUCUUCUCUGCCAUUUCGAUGCGACUGCAUUUCAUUUCGAUCAUUCUGCGGGAUAAGAUCAAGGUGAUGCAAAUGUGAAAAUAUUGCAAUAUACAUUAAGAAUCGGUAUACGACGAGGAAAGGAAAGAGAAAAAAAAGUACUCAACGGACGAAUUGUGUAUGAAUGGUAACGCAACACGGUGCAUAAAUGUGUGUGUAAUUUGGCCGAAUUUUUGCGGAUUAAUGAGUGCAAUUUUAUCAGAAUCCGGAAUCUUUCAUUCACACGACCAUCGGUGGCUGUUAUCAAUACUGACCGAUUUAUUCGUGGGAACAUUUAAUUUGUGACAAAUGAACAACUCGAAAGUCAUAAAUAAUACGGCACGGCACACAGACGGAUAGAGCAGCAAAAAAAGGAAAAUAAAUAGCAUUACGACGAUCGACAGUCGUAAGUGUGGUGUUGGGCGAAUGAAAGAAAGAAGAAGAAAAAAAUCAGCAAACGUUUAAUACGUGUGAAAUCAGUGUGUAGUACAAUACAUAUUUGUGUGAUAUACAUACAUAUAUCGUUGGCGGACGAUACUAGUCGACUUUGGGAGCUUCAACAAAUCACUUUUUCGUACAAUCUCAGUCACUUGAAGCUAUCGGCACCGAGUAUACACACAUAUAGUUUCUCGAACGAACGUUCGCAUCGUUAAGUGCUUGUUAAUUAUCGAAUUAACGUGAUUUAUUAAUAACUCCUAAUUCACUCGGUAACAACAGCCAGGAAAAAGAAGAAAACACCAAAUUCAGGAAUGAAGUAGAAGGAAAAUUAUACAAAUUCCAUACAAAAAAAAAAACACAAAUUUCGUUGACGCCGCCAAAACUAGUGAAUUAUUUCUUUUUUUGUCUCUUUAUUUAUUUUUCAUUGACGGAAUGUGCAACACACAUUUGUUCCAUGUGAUGUGCGUUUUGAUUGCAUUCAACAGCUUCAUUGACAGUCGUAAUCUUGCAACAUAAAACUCUAUUUAAACCAGUUUAUUUUGACAUGCGUGCGGAAUCAAAAUCAACACAAUUGAUGUACAAAUGACUCUUGUUCGCUUUGUGGCAGAUAACAAUCAUCAAAAGUGAUAAAAUAAAGUGUUUCAACCGCCAAAUGGUGUGCAAUAUCUCGCAUCGUCUAAAUGAUUGACAGUGUUGAAAGGAACAAUUGUCUGCGUGCGGUUUUUGCAUCAUCAUUUGAUUCCAAUCACAUUCAAUAUUUGCUUCGUGAUUGAGGUGUGCAAUACGUACAGUAAAUUGCGGAAAAAAACUUUCUGAUACACAAUAAAUAAUCGACAACGAACAAAAACUUGUGUAGUAAUCAGUUGAAUGGGAUAACCGUGACACACAUGGUUGUUUGCAAAAGAGAUUGAGAAGAUAAAAUAUGAUCGAAGUGGUCAGCCAAUGUGCAAUUUAUAGAAACGCUAUAAAAGUAUCGGACAAUAAAACAAAAGAAAUUAAAGACACACAGUUAACGAUUAACGAGAACGACAGAGAGAAACAGUGCAUUUUAUGAUUUUUGCAUCGUAUGUUAUCAUCAUCAUCAUCAUCACUCAACGGGUUGUGUGGAUUGUCUAACACGAUAUUUAGUAUUUUGAUUGAAAAAAUAAAAGAAGUGACGACGUCUUUCUCCAUAGUUACACAAUGUCAAACACAAAGCAUAUUAGCUCAGAUGGCUCACAGGCGCCACUAAUUUACAACAGUAGUGAUACAGUUUCAAGUAAACGAAAUAAUGUGCUGGUCAAUAAUCAAAAUGGCAAAUCCACGUCUGCAAACAAUAAUCAUCAAGGAACGGCCGUACAGACAAAUGCAAAAGAUGCGGCACGUCCGGUGCCGGUUUUUAUGAAAUUAAAAACAUAUCUGUUUGCAUUGCGACCAUGGUCAUUAUCAGCGAGUUUGGUGCCAACACUGUUGGGUUCGGCACUUGCAUAUCGUUCAUCAACGCCGCACGAAUUCAAUUUCUUGACAUUUAUUCUAACAAUAUUUACGGUGGUGACAGUGCAUGGAGCUGGAAAUGUUGUUAAUACCUAUUACGACUACGUCAAGGGCAUUGACAAUCGAAAAUCCGACGAUCGUACACUGGUCGAUCACAUUUUAUCGAAGGAUGAGGUUGUAUCACUGGGCGUAAUCCUCUACGUGGCUGGUUGUGUUGGCUUCAUUCUGCUAUCGAUACUGAGUCCGGCAAAGAUGGAACACUUGGCAUUGGUCUAUUUCGGUGGUUUAUCGUCGAGUUUUCUGUACACGGGUGGCAUUGGACUGAAGUACAUUGCUCUUGGCGAUAUUUUAAUUCUAAUCAUUUUCGGCCCAAUUUCCGUAUUAUUCGCUUAUUUUGCGCAAACCGGUGCUUUUGUUUGGUCAACCAUUUACUUUGCCAUUCCGGUCGCUCUCAACACCGAAGCCAUUCUACACAGCAACAAUACACGCGACGCGGAAACGGACAAAGCGGCCGGCAUUGUAACACUGGCCAUUAUGAUUGGACGAUCCGCAUCACAUAUUCUCUAUGCCAUCUUACUAUUUACACCGUACAUCAUAUUCGUGGUUCUGACACUCAAGUAUUCGGUAUGGUUUGUAUUGCCAGUGGUCACAUUGCCGCAAGCCUUUAAAAUCGAAAAGCUAUUCCGCUCGGAAACGACAUUACGCAGUGUGCCAAAGCAAACGGCCAAGUUGAACUUUUUCUUCGGCAUUUUGUAUGUAAUUGCCUGUUGCGGUGCAUCACAAUUACCCAGUCUCACAAUUACACCCCACUGAGAAACAACACAAAAUACACCGAACAACUAUGACAAUAUCGUUAAAUUGAUUUUUUUUUAUUGCAUAAGAAAAGAUAGAGAACAGUCCCCCUUUUGUAGUCCUUGUUUCACAACAACACAAAUCGCUGGAAGAUGCCACUCUCUUCCAAGAAAGAGAAGAAAAAGAGAAAAAAAUUGAAGAUCAAAAAAUAGUCACAGAAAUAUGUUUGCUUUCUUCAUUUGUCGACUUUUUGAUAGCAAAUUUAAAUAAGUGAAGAGAAACACAAACGAUUACAAACAAUAUUUUUCUUUUGUAUAAAAUAAUUUAUAAAAAUAAUAAUACAAAGCAAAACCUACAAUAGUACCAAAAUCAUUAUGUCUUUCAAACAAAACAACAACAACAAAAAAAACACAAAAAAUAAGUGCAACAAAUUCAUUUACUUAAUUAAUCAUUUAAAAUGUCUUUUUAGUAAUGCAAACGUUCAUUUUUCGUACAGUCAGUCACACAAGAGAAAAAUGACUGUCAAAAUAUUUAAAUAAAAAAAAACUGGAUUGAAAUUUGUAUUUCAAUCUCGAUGCAAUUGUUCAAAUCUCUUCAAAUAUGUGUGUAAUAUUUGCAUAGGGUCAUUUAAAAUGAAAAAAAAACAACAAAUCGAUUUUAAGAAUAGAUCAUUUACAUUUUUUCUGUCAAAAUCCACAUUGAACAGUUUUUUAUGGGCGGAAUUCUAAACACAUAGGUACACACAGUCUUUAGCUAUUAGUAUUGAAUUUUAUUUAUAAAUUUUGUAGUGCUAAUACUCGUUGUUUAAAAAAAACAGAACUUUCUACUACUUUUUCGGUCCUAAUCGCCUGCGCACGUUCAAUGAAAAUAACGGCAAGCGAUCGAGCGAAAAAUUGAGAGAUAAAGAUAGACGGUUGCUCCCAUCCAGCCCAAGCUUUUGAUUCAUUAAUUUAUUUUGAUAAAAAUUGAAAACAAAAUAAACAUUUGCUGUAAAAAAAA